AUGCCGUUUCCUGUCGUAAAUCGAGAACAUAUUUUAUCUAGUAUGACCAUCAAUAUCACUGAAGCCAUGUUGGAUGUUAUUUUAGAUUUUCAGCCAAAUUCCACUCUUGAUAUUGGAUCAUGGACGGAAAUCGUUUAUCUCCAUAAUACCAAUAAAGAUAAGAAUACUGCCUAUGCUUUUCCUGAUAUUGCAUUUGAUAUUGUACCAGGUAUUUCAUGGAAGAAUCCUGAUUAUGAUCCUUAUGCGAGACAAAUGAGCGAAAAAUUCCUUGAGAAGUUAAUAGAUGCAGCAGCACCUACAAAAAGUAUUGUUGGAGCAUACAUUAAUCAUAUUGAUCCAUAUUUACGAGACUGGCAAACAAUGUAUUAUCGUAAUAAUUGGGAUCGUCUUCGAGAUGUUCAAACAAAAUGGGAUCCAACAUGGUAUUUUCGGUUUCCACGGGGUAUUCCACCUCGAAAAUAA